ACUGGUCAUUUCCUCCUCCAGUUCUCCGUGGAAAACCCUACUUCGUGUCUCGUCUUUGUCUCAGUGAUUUGAAAUCUGCUCGAAAUUUUACUUUGUAGUUGAGAUUUUUCUGCACAUUUUUCUGUAUAUCGAUGCUUCGGUUAGGUUAUUGUGCUGUGAAUAUACCACUGAAUCACGUUCAGAUUCUUGUUAUUAUGGUCGAGAAAGAGAUGUUGACAAGGCCUGCGCUAAAAUUAGUAAAUCUGAGUCUUUUUAUGGUAUCUUUUUUUAUUAAUGAUGAAAGAUUGUAGGAGAGUCAAGCCAUGGCCGACGCAGUUGUCUCAUUUGGAGUGCAAAAGCUAUGGGAUCUGCUGGUUCAGGAAUCCGAACGGUUUACGGGAAUCCAUGAAAGAGUUACUGGAUUACGAGACGAACUGGGACGAUUAAAGGGCUUUCUUAAAGAUGCAGAUGCCAAGAAACACGGAAGCGAAAGGGUGAGGUACUGUUUGGAUGAGAUAAAUGAAAUUGUCUAUGAUGCAGAGGAUGUUAUCGAAGCCUUUCUCCUCAAAGAAGGGUCCAUCGAUGGAAGAGGGAUCAGAGAGCGUGUGACUAGGUUUACUCGCAGCUCGAUGAAUAGACUGAAGAGUGAUUCACAGAUCAAAUGCAUAACUGCCAGAAUUUCCAAGGUAGUGGAGAGUAUGCAAAAUCUUGGCAUCCAAGAUAUAGUUGACAAUGGAAAUCCUCCGGAGCCUUUGUCGGAAAGAUUAAGGGAGACGCGACAAUCAUUUCCGAGUGUAUCGGAAAGUGGUCUUGUGGGGUUGGACCAUAGCAUACGAGAAUUAACUGGACGCUUGGUGGAUAAUAUCAAUAUACGAGUUGUUCCUAUAUGUGGGAUGGGUGGUAUCGGGAAAACCACUCUAGCUAGGCAAGUUUUUCACCAUGACAUAGUGCGAGGUUAUUUUGACCAGUUUGCAUGGGUGUGUGUUUCAAAACAAUGUAGGCGAAACUACGUUUGGCGGGAGAUCUUACUGAAUCUCAGAGCAAAAGAAGAGGAACAUAGAAUUUGGCAAAUGUCAGAAGAACGACUCCAAGAUGAGCUCUUCGAAAUGCUUGAAACCAAUAAAUGUCUGAUAGUCCUCGACGAUAUAUGGAAUAAGGAAGCUUGGGACCUUAUAAAGCCAGCUUUCUCACAGAAGCCAGGUAGCAAGAUCUUACUUACAUCUCGAAAUGAGGAUGUUGCUUCAUAUGUGGAUCCAAGAUGUAAAAUUUUCAGACCAAGAUACUUAACUCAUGAAGAUAGUCGAGAACUGUUGCUGCUAAUAGCGUUUUCUGGGAGAGAUGAUAUAGAGUUUGAGAUUGGGGAAGUGAAGGAAGAGGUUGACAAAAUGAUAAAACACUGUGGAGGAUUACCUUUUGUUGUCAGAACGCUGGGAGGGUUGUUAUCCGAUAAACGUACGGCAUCCGAGUGGAAAAGGGUAAAUGAUAACAUCGGAGCUCAAAUCAUAAGAGGAAUAAGCCGCAACCAUAACGAGAAUAAAGCAUUCCAGGUGUUGUCUUUGAGCUACGAAGAUUUGUCAUUGCAUCUAAAGCAUUGCUUUCUUUACCUUGCCCAUUUUCCAGAAGAUCAUGAGAUACGUACGGAUACAUUGUUAGGAUGUUGGUUUGCGGAAGGAAUAGUAGAAAUGCCGUCAGAGGGUACUAAUAGGUCUGUUCGAGAUGUAGCACAAGGCUACCUUGAGGAGCUUGUGAAGAGAAAUAUGGUUUUAGUCUCUCGUAGAGAUGAUGUGAGCUCAAGAAUCGACAGCAUUCGGGUGCAUGAUGUGAUGAGAGAUGUGUGUUUGUUGAUAGCCAAAGAAGAGAACUUCCUUGAAGUUGUCACUACCGAGGUUCACUUGUUAAGCGUCAACUCUUCAACUUCUGUGCCCAGAUUUGGGCCUCGCAGACUUGCCUUGCAUUGGGAUUUAGAUGAUAGCGAUGAUGAAGGACAAAAAACAUUUUAUCAGAGACAAAUAAGAAACCCAAAAUUAAGAUCGCUUUUAUGUGUCACUCUAAGUUUUACUGAUUGGAAUUCAGAGCUCAGCUUUGGAAGCUUGCCAUCACUCAGAGUGUUAGAUCUAAGUAAAACGAAUUUUCAAGGAGGGAAGCUGCCAAAGAGCAUAGGAAAGCUCGUUCACUUGAGAUACUUGAGCUUAUUCCAGACUAAUUUAACAGAGAUACCAUCUUCUCUUGGGAAUCUAACGUUGCUGGUCUUUUUGAAAUUGGGGAUUUAUGGUGUAGUUCAUAUACCAAAUGUUUUGAAAAGGAUGAAGGAUCUGAGGUACCUUAGUUUGCCUCAUAGUCUCAGUGAAGAGACGAAGUUGGAAAUGGGGAGUCUGGUGAAGUUGGAGACAUUCAUCAACUUCUCAACGAAGCAUUGCAGAGUAGAGGACCUUCUCCAUAUGAGAAAUCUCAGACAAGUUUGUAUCAAAGUCCAUAGAACAUCGGAUGAGGGGAUUUUACCUUUAUCUCUCACUACAGCGCUGAAACUUGUGGAAGAGUUUGAGUUACACAGCAUGAUUCCGAUUGGUGGCCCGAUUAAAUCCGAUUUAGGAGGGCUCGUUUCAUGUUUCCCUCGUCUCAACCGGUUACGUUUCGAUGGUAUAGAGAUGGAGAAGUUACCGGACGAGCUCCAAUCCACUCCCAACCUCGCGUCUAUUACGUUAAAUUGGUGUAGAAUAGAGGAGGAUCCUAUGCCCAUUCUUGAGAAGAUACCUAACUUAAAGGAAGUUCGUCUAAAGGCCAAUGGUUUCCGAGGGAGGAAAAUGGUCAGUUCAAGAGACGGGUUCCCUCAAUUGCGUUACUUGCAUUUGCGCUUCUUAGAAAAUCUUGAAGAGUGGGUGGUGGAAGAAGGGUCCAUGCCUCGACUUCGUCGCCUGAGGAUAUCGGCCUGCAGAAAGCUGGCGAGGUUACCUGAAGGGUUGAGACACAUCUCUUCUCUAAAGGAAUUGAAGAUCGAGGGGAUGAAAAAGGAAUUCAAGGAGAAGUUGGUCGAAGGGGGACAAGAUCAUCACAAGAUCCACCAUAUCCCUUCCGUCACAUUUGACGAGUGGGACUUAUAACCAAUCACCACCACCACCAAAGGUAUAAUAAUCCAACAAUUUGUCAAUACCUCUGUCCUCCGUUCCAUCAUAAAUACUUUGUGCUACCUUUGUAGUCUUAAAUGCAUGUAACCGUUCCUAAUCAA